AAAAAAAAAAAAAAAAAAUUCUUUCUAACUAUGACGUCAUUUAACGAAUGGAUUGAUAAGAUAAAAAGAAAAGAUGGUGACAUAGAUUAUAUUGAAUAUAAUGAGUUUAGCAAUGUAAAAACGGUUGGGAAAGGAGCAUUUGGAAUUGUAGAAAGCGCAGAUUGGAAAAGUUAUGAAAUUAAAGCAGCAUUAAAGACUCUUAUAAGUAAUCCUACAAUUGAUGAUUAUGAUUUAAAUAACUUUAUUAAGGAGUUGGAGAGUUUAAAAAAAGUCAGUUUUCAUCCGAACGUAAUUGGAUUUUAUGGAAUUACAAAAGAGCCCUUAUCAAAUAAAUAUAUAAUGGUGUUAGAAUAUGCUAAUCAAGGAAAUUUAAGAGAAUAUUUAAAAAAUAAUUUUAAAUUUCUUAAAUGGAGUGAUAAAAUUCAGAUGGCCUUGGAUAUUGCACGUGGAUUGAAAUGUUUACAUUUCAAAAAUAUAAUUCAUAGAGAUUUGCAUGCGAAAAACAUAUUAGUUAAUAAUAAUAGACUAAUGAUUACAGACUUUGGAGCAUCUAAACAAUUAUCGGAAUCUACGUCUAAUUCAGCAAAUUCAACGGCUAAUGGAUUGGGAAUGCCUGAAUAUAAUGAACCACAACUUUUUAAGAUUAUUAAUUACAAAAAAGAUAAAAAGUCCGAUAUUUUUAGUUUGGGUGUUUUAUUAUGGGAAAUUUCAAGCGGACGUCCUCCUUUUCCUGGCUAUCCACGAAAUGUACUAGGUUCUCAUAUUAGUUAUCAUAAUCUUAGAGAAAACCCAAUUUAUGGUAAUCCCCAAGAAUAUCAACAACUUUAUCAGGAAUGUUGGGAUAGCGAACCAAAGUUAAGACCCGAUAUUGAAAAAGUAUAUGAAACUUUAAGUCAACUAAGUCAAAUUUCAUUAAGAGAAUCUUCACAUAAACCUAAUGGUUUCACAGAAGAAGCCUUAAAAAAUUGGAGUAAUAAUAUAAAGAGUAAUAAUAUAAGGAGUAGGAAUAAUAAUAAUAUUAGUAAAUUUGGAAAAAGUGGAAAUGCAAUUAUGGAUGAAUUUAUUCUUAAAAAAAAUUUAAAAUGGAUUCCUUUUAAAAAAUUUAAAAAUAUUAAACAUCUUUACGAAAGUGAAGUAAGUACUAGCUUCAAAGCUAUUUUGUUAAAUAAUAAUGGAGAUAAAGAAGUGAUGCUUAAAUGUCCUAGUAAUUUAAAUGAAAAUUUGUAUGAAUUUUUAGAUAAAUUGGAAUUUCAUGAAAAUUGCUUAAAUUCAAAUAAUAUUAUUAAUCUUUAUGGAUGUACAAAAGAUCCAGAUACUUUGAAAUACAUGGCAAUAAUGGAUUAUGCAAAUAAGGGUAAUUUACAUGGAAGCUUAACAAAAAUAAUUAAAUAUAAUUGGAAACAAAAAUUAUAUAUGUUGUACCAAAUUAUUUCUGGACUGAGUGAAAUACAUAAACAAAGUAUUAUUCAUUGUGAUCUUCAUGGUGCCAGUAUUUUAAUUCAUAAAGAUAAAGAAGAUGAAGAAGAUAAAGUUUAUAUUAGCGAUUUUGAAAUAUGUCAGCCUGUAAAACCUUUUUUGAAAAAAGAUAGUAUUUAUGGUGUUUUACCAUUUAUGGCACCUGAAGUUUUUAUGCACGAAUCUUAUACUCCAGCUAGUGACAUAUAUAGUUUUUCUAUCAUUAUGUGGGAAUUUACAUCCGGAGUUCGACCAUUUGAUGGUAGAGCAUAUGAUGCUGAACUUAUCUUAAGUAUUUGUAAAGGUGAACGUCCUAAAAUUAUUGAAAAUACUCCACAAUGCUAUAUAGAUUUAAUGGAAAAAUGUUGGAAUGAAGAUCCAUUAAAAAGGCCAUCUUCUAAAGAAGUUUUAAAUAUUAUUGAAGAAUGGAUUAUUCUUUCUUAUGGAAAAGAAAUAGAAAAUAUUAGUGAAGAGUUAAAGUGCAAUAUAAUGGAAUUUAUAAAUGCACCAAUUGAGAAUAACAAUCCUUGAAAAUGAAUGAAAUGCCAAUAAGUAAAAGUUUGAAUUAUUAAAAAAUGAAAUCAUUAUUCAUUAGAAAUUGAAGCAGAUGAAAUUUAUUAGAAAUGCAUAGUAUUCUUUUUUAAGUGAUAUUUGAUUUUAUGCAUUCAACAAAGAUUGC